CUCCAGUACACCGAACCAUCUCCGCUUCCGCGGCGCGAGCCACUCGUCGCUCGAAUUGCCCCCAUCCACACAGCUUCCCCCGCGCACGCGAGAGGGAGGAGCUCGUGGCGCCGGCGGCCAUGGCCGGAGCAGCCGCGGCGAGCUCCGCCGCCUGCUCAUCUCCGGCUCCGAACCCGACAACGCGAUACCCGGUUAGGAGGCGCGUGCCGCGGCCUCCACUUGUGGCAGCCAGUCGUCACUGCACCGCUUCACCUUUUCCCACUACAAUCUCCAUCUCCAGCUCGGGUCUCGGCCAGGCUCGUCCUCGCGAUCCGUUUCUAAACCCUCGCCUUCGAUUUGCGGCUGCGGCGGCGGCGGCGGAGGGGGAGAUGGCUGCGGAGGCGAGCGCCGCGGCGGCAGAGGGGGCGCAGGCGAAGCCCUUCUCCGUCCUCUUCGUCUGUCUCGGCAACAUCUGUCGGAGCCCUGCAGCUGAGGCUGUGUUCCGGAACCUCGUGAGCAAGCGUGGGCUUGAGUCCAAGUUUCUCAUAGACUCUGCUGGUACAAUUGGUUACCAUGAGGGUAACAAGGCAGACUCAAGGAUGAGAUCAGCUUCAAAGAAGAGGGGAAUUGAGGUGACCUCCAUAUCCAGGCCUGUCAAACCCUCCGACUUCCGAGAUUUUGAUCUUAUCCUUGCAAUGGAUAGGCAGAAUUAUGAAGACCUACUCAGUUCAUUUGAGAGAUGGAGACACAGGGAACCCCUCCCAGACAGUGGACCCAAGAAGGUUAAGUUGAUGUGUUCCUAUUGCAAGCGUCAUACUGAGUCAGAAGUCCCAGAUCCGUAUUAUGGAGGCCCUCAAGGAUUUGAAAAGGUGCUGGAUCUGCUGGAAGACGCAUGCGAGUCAUUACUUGACAGCAUCGUGGCAGAGAAUGCAAGCGUUUCUGCUUGAUCUCAAUGAAGCUAUCUGGAGGCAAUGUAAGCAUCAUUUUUUCUAUGUAACCAUGAUCAGAAUCUAUCUAUGCCAUUUGAUUGCGAUUCAGAUAACCAGAAACACUCACAUCAGCAUGCAUGUACCCAUGUUCAUACAAUGUCAGGCUGGAGACAUAUACUUAUAUCUUUCAUGUACACCAUGAUUUACACUGUAAUAAAAUCACCAACUCGAAUUAGAGAA